UGGGGUGCGUGGCCGGGCCACUCGACUGCUGCCGGGUGAGGAGCAGAGAGAGGGAGGGUGAGAGAGAGGGGAGUACAGUGUGGUAGAAGAAGAGUAAUAAUAAGCGACGUAGGCGGCUGUUCAGAGGUCGACGACGCCUUUUUAGCCGGAGCAAAGGUCCCUUCUCUGCACCGAAGACGUCGAAAAUCCCGAACGAAUCCCGACGAUGAAGUACGUGAGCACACGGGGGGCAGCAGCUGGCAGCUCGUUCCGAGAGGCGCUGUUCUCGGGCUACGCGGUGGACGGGGGCCUCUUCAUGCCGGAGGAGGUCCCGCGGGUGUCUGCCGACACACUGCGGCAGUGGCGGGCCCUCUCCUACCCGCAGCUUGUGCAGAACAUCUGCUCCCUCUACAUCUCCCCAGACGAGAUCCCUGUGCAGGAGCUGGGAGCUCUGAUCGAGCGGGCCCUCAGCCGGUUUGCCCACAGUGAGGUGGUGACCUUCAAAAGGCUCAGGGAUGGCCUCAACGUCCUCGAGCUCUUCCACGGCCCCACCAUGGCCUUCAAGGACCUGGCCAUGUGCUGCCUGGCACAGUUCAUCCUCUACUUCCUGCAGAAGGAGGACAAGCAUGUCACCAUCGUAGUGGGGACCUCGGGAGACACGGGCGGCUCGGCGAUCGCCAGCUUGCGAGGGGCGAAGCGCGCCGACGUGGUGGUGCUGCUGCCCGCCGGACGCUGCAGCCGCGUGCAGGAGCUGCACAUGACCACGGCGAUGGAGGAGAACGUGCACGUGUUCACAGUGGAAGGCUCGUCGGACGAUCUGGACGAACCCAUCCGCAGGCUGUUCGCCGACUCCGAGUUCUCGUCGCGCCACGGCGUCAUCAGCAUCAACUCCAUCAACUGGGGCCGUGUGCUGGUGCAGGUCGCUCACCACUUCUACGCGUACUUCCGCUGCACGGAUGGCGGCGGCGGCGGCGGCGGCGCCGAGGUGGAGGAGGAGGAGAUGCCCACCGUGGAAGUCGUGGUGCCCACGGGGGCGGCGGGCAACGCCGCUGUCGCUCGUGAACAAGGGCACGGAGGGAGGGCUGCGGGAUUUGCGCAAAGAAAAAGUGCCGGAGCAUUGGGCCGAGACUCCAGCAGAACCCUGCCGCCCGGCGUCACAGCCGGGUGCGUCGCGAGGCGGAUGGGGCUGCCGAUCCGGCUGCUGUGCGCCGUCAACCAGAACGACGUCGUCCAUCGCGCCCUGCGGAGCGGAGACUUCAGCGUGGACGGCGCCGUGAAGCCCUCGCUGGCCUCCGCCAUCGACAUCCAGGUUCCCUACAACAUGGAGCGCGUGUUCCACCUGUGCUCUGACGCCGACACGGCCCUGGUCCGAGACGUCAUGACACGCUUCUAUGAAUCUGGCCAGGCCAACCUCCCCGCGACCCUGCAGACGCGCACAGGGUCUGCCUUGCGACGGCCUCGCCCGCCAAGUUCCAGGAGGUGGUUGAGCGCGUCGGCCUUCGCCAGCCGGAGCACCCCGAGGUCGCAGCGCUGCGCGGCCUCCCCCAGCGCAGCGUCCCCAUGCGCCGCGGCGACGACUGGGACGCGCUGCUCCGCAACGCAGUGGCACGCAUCUCCCGCCGGCGCGCGUCGCCCGCCCCCUAAGCGCAACGUCGACGCUCGCACCACCGCUCGCACCACCGCGCGCACCGCCGCUCGCACCACCGCUCGCACCACCGCUCGCUCCGCACGCAAGCUCCGAUUGGCUACGUACGGCGCCGAAGAAGUUUUCAGCAUGCACACGUGCACGGCGGUUAUAUCCGUCUGUUAAACUCUCGGACGGUUGUUGGCGACUGAACAGGCGACCGCGGUGCGAAAUGUGCGCUGUGUGAUCGUUGAAAUAAUUUCUUGUUCUGCAGUCAUAUACACCUGAUUUGUACAGCAUUCAGUAGUUUGUUGAUUGAAGUGAAGAAUAAAUAUUGCUGUGGAAACUAAUGAAAAUUA